AGAAGCGAAGCGACGGAGGGAGAGGGGAAGAAGCGAGGCGAAGAGAAGAAGAGGAGGAGAGGCGAGGAGGGGGGGCGCGCCCGGCCCCCGGCGGCGCAGACCCGUGCUCGCAAAGGCCUCUCAGCCAACCACCACCACAAUGAGUGAGACACAUGCCGUCUUCACCAACGACCCAGUCCGACAGCACGCGAUGAUCCACAGACGGGUGCUGGUCACCACCACGGACAACCAGGAGUAUGUUGGAUGGGUGCACACAAUAGACCCCGUCUCGGAGAGCGUGAUCCUCGUCGAAUUUGGAGAGAACGGCAGCACGGAGGUCAUCAUCGUCUCGGGCUACAACGUGAAAAGCAUCAUAGUCCAGGACGACAAGCCUUCCCCCAGCCUUGUCAGUGCCAUUGACAACCUCUUCAGAAAAGAACAGAUACAUUACAGUAGCCAGGAGCUGACGGCACGACGAGAGAGCCUUUGCGUAUGGCUGGCAGAAAACCGUGUGCCAUAUACAGUUAGGGAUGAUAUGAGUGUAGAGGUUUUGCAAACUGCAGUAAUAGCCCAGCCAUAUGAACCAGGCUCAGUCCAGUGCACCAAUGAAGUAGUUCUGGACAAAGUGAUGAAACUGGUGCAGCAAAUGCCUGUUCAAGCUGCCACCACAACUUAAAAUGCCCUGCUAGUGUACUAAUAGCAGGAUGCCAGUAUCUGCUUAGAGCACAACAGAAUCAUGUGAUAUUUCAGCAGAUGUCUGGCCUCCUAUUCUGUACAGCUGAAUCAUGUGUCUGAAUCAGUUGCUAAGGCUGGUACACACCAAAGUUGAUGUAGUGAAGUGUAUGCCUUGGCCAUUGUACCACCAAAGCUAUCAGUCUUGCUACUACAGUAUUAUAUUUAUUGAGAUAUCUCUCAGCAAAUUUAGUCUUACCAGUAAAGUAAAAUAGUUCAUAUAAUGUGCCGAUGACAGUCAGAUGUCUUUUUGUACAGGAUUAUAUGCCUGAUUUCAUAUCUUCAUGUAACCACCUUGUCUGAAGACUUAACUAAUAACCUUAAGGAAAAUUAAUGUCAUAUUCUGUACCCAUAGUAACAUGAAAAGCUUGCAGCCAUCUAAUAUUCCAUGAAAGUAUACUACCAAUAUUACA